UCUCUCCCAAAAUCAAAUAUAUAUGCUGUUUGGUGGAGUUCGCCAAAUUAACUCCCCUCUUUCUUUUCUCCUCUUCCUCCUCCUCCUCCUUCCUUCAAUCCCUUUUUUUGCCCUACUCCGUUAGGGUUUCUGCCUCUUUACAAAUAUCCGCGCUCCAUGUCAUGCAUUCAUCGCUUCUAGGAUUAUUGUUCCUGAUCUGCUGCGCCUUCGUUCACGGUUCCACUUUUUGUGUUUUCGGCUCUUCUCUUUUGCAAGUGUUCUUCUUUAAGAUUGAAUCAUGCCUGCUCUUGUCAAUUAUAAUACUGGUGAUGAUGAAUUCUUGUCUGCCGGGUCGUUUUGUACGAACCCCAUGGAUUUGGGUCGAUUGUGUUCGAUCGGCUCCUAUGUGGAUGUAUACUACCCUCCUCUCAAAAGGGCUCGUGUUAGUGCUCCCUUUGGCUCUGGAGAAGACGUCUUUGAGCAGAACAAGCAACCGUCCAUUGAAAUUCUUCCAGAUGAGUGUCUCUUUGAGAUCUUGAGGCGCCUCACAGGAGCCCGGGAGAGGAGCUCAUCCGCUUGUGUUUCCAAGCGUUGGCUUACUCUCCUGGCCAGUAUUAGCAGGGAUGAACACUGUGAGGUGUCUAUUCCUGUUUCAAAUGAUGUAGAAAUGACCUUGGCUGAUGAUGAUGGGUAUCUAACAAGGUGUUUGGAGGGAAAGAAGGCAACUGACCUUAGACUUGCUGCUAUAUCUGUUGGAACAAGUGGCCGUGGAGGACUUGGAAAGCUUUCUGUUAGAGGAAGCAAUUCUGCUUGUAGAGUUACUGAUUUUGGUUUAUCGGCUAUUGCUCGCGGUUGCCCUUCUCUUAGGACUCUUUCUAUAUGGAAUGUCCCUCAUGUUGGUGAUGAAGGUCUUUCUCAGAUUGCUAAAGAAUGCCUGUUGUUGGAGAAGCUUGAUCUUUGCCAGUGCCCUUCAAUCUCUAACAAGGGUUUGAUUGCAAUUGCGGAGAACUGUCCAAAUUUGACAUCUUUGAACAUUGAAGCUUGCUCAAAGAUUGGUAAUGAAAGUCUUCAAGCUAUUGGAAAGUUUUGCCCCAAUCUGCAGUCUAUCUCUAUCAAAGACUGUCCUCUUGUUGGUGAUCAUGGAGUAUCAAGUCUCUUGUCAUCAGCUUCGCUCCUGAAUAAAGUUAAGCUUCAGUCCUUGAACAUCACAGAUUUCUCUCUUGCUGUUAUUGGACACUAUGGUAAGGCUGUUACCAAUCUACUCCUCGGCAGUCUCCAGAGUGUGAGUGAGAGAGGCUUUUGGGUCAUGGGUAAUGCUCAAGGUUUGCAAAAAUUAGUUUCUUUGGUGAUUACUUCUUGUCGAGGAAUAACAGAUCUGAGCCUUGAGGCUAUUGGAAAGGGUUGCACAAACCUAAAGCACAUGUGCCUUCGCAAGUGCUGCUUUUUUACCGACAAUGGAUUUGUUGCCUUUGCGAAGGCAGCGGGAUCUCUUGAGAGCCUGCAAUUGGAGGAAUGCACUAGGAUCACCCAGGCUGGCAUUGUUGGCGGUCUCGCAAACUCUGGAAUGAAACUGAAAUCUCUUUCCUUGGUGAAGUGCACGGGAAUUAGGGAUCAGGUGUUGGAAGUUCCAUUGCUUUCUCCUUGCAAUUUGCUUAGGUCCCUUUCCAUCCGAAACUGUCCAGGUUUUGGGAGUGCCAGCCUUGCUAUGGUGGGAAAACUGUGCCCCCAGCUUCAGCAUGUAGAUCUGAGUGGGCUUUGUGGAAUAACAGAUGCGGGGCUUCUCCCACUUCUGGAGAGUUGUGAAGCUGGACUUGUCAAGGUUAACCUCAGCGGCUGCUUUAAUCUGACGGAUAAAGUAAUCCUGGCCUUGGCCAUGCUACAUGGUGCAACCCUUGAAGUCCUUAACCUUGAAGGAUGCAGGAAGAUUACAGAUGCAAGUUUGGUGGCAAUAGCAGAUCAUUGUGUGUUUUUGAGUGAUCUAGAUGUGUCAAAAUGUGCUGUUACUGAUUCUGGAGUCGCUGCCUUGUCUCAUGCAGAGCAGCUCAAUUUGCAAGUCCUUUCCUUUUCAGGUUGUUCCAAAGUGUCAAAUAAGAGUCUGCCUUUCUUGCGGAAGUUGGGCAAGACAUUACUUGGUUUGAAUCUCCAACACUGUAAUUCAAUAAGCAGCAAAACAGUCGAGUUGCUCGUGGAGAGCUUGUGGAGGUGUGAUAUUCUUUUCUAAAUAGCAACGCAAUCCAAAAUGCUGCGCAUUGACAGGGAGCGGUGUUGGAUGUAGGAUGAGUACUCAAGAGGAACUCCAGUUUAUCUUAACAAAUCCUAGAAAGCAUAAGUUCAUACCGUCAGCUCAAUCGGGUAUUGGCGUCCAGGAUAGAUUUUUGGCACCCCUCCCCUGUAAAGGGCCUGUUUGGUAACAGAGUGGCUUGGUUGUUUUCCAGGGGACUUUGGCAAGUCUUUUUUCUUCUUCACAUCAUCGUUUUUUGCAGGCUUUCUCAGUAAAAGCUUGUUGUGAAAGUUAUAUAUUCUCCCCUCUCCCAUCUUUAGAUCCAUCGGGACUGGGACCAAUGCUCUUUCAUGGCCAUGGUCUCCCUGAGAAUACAGUUACCAGCCACCUGUGCUCCAUCUCCUUUCAUGUUUGGGUCCUUGGCUUGUUCUGCUGGAUGUUCAGUAUCCAAUAUUUUAGCUUUGUCAUGUAUCCAUUUAAUGGCGUAAUUGACUAAGCUUUUGAUGUUCGAAGUCCUAUAUAUAUACUGUGUUGUUGGAAUUAUCUUGUUUACUUCGCAUGUGUGUUCUUCUUUGGUGUUUGAAACUCAGGUUAAGGGUCUGGAGGUCCUCUUUGAUUUCUCUGUAGUAGAGUCUUGUACGGUUGCCUUGGACAGUUCUGUUCUUGAGUUUGCCUGUGAUGAGUGGGCUUCUGACGGUCUUUCACAGCCUUGUUUUUGGUUGUUUUUUUUUUGUACCCUCGGAGUCCAGUCUCUCAGGCUUGUCAUGUAAUAGGAAGUGUACUCUGCAACUACUUUGGCAAUAAAGAUUUGAUUUCUGUAUUUGAUUGAAA